UGUCAAAUCAUUCCAAAACUAGACCCCUGCGUGUCCGCUGUCCACAGUCACAGCAGACACAGACAGAGGAGUUUAACAGAAACAGUUGUCUGAGUUUAACGGGGUUUGUGUACAGCCCUAUGCUCCUGCAAUCCGGCGGGUGUUAAGAUCCAUGGAAGUGGCCGGCUAUUACGACGAGGGCAGCUUUGCUUUCCACGGUCGCGACAGCAUCAUCACCCCGGUCAGCAGCACUCACUGGAGGCUCGGUGACUCCAUGACGGAGCUGGGCUUAGAGGAGCGCGAGAGAGCCGUAGACUUCAGCGUGUACCUGGACUCGGGUCUGCACUGUCCGCAGUUGGCCACGCAGGCGCAAACACAGGGGGACAUCUUCACAGACUUUUUGGCGGAAAGCAAAAUAAAAAGAGUGGGUGCUUUGCAAAACUAUAAGAACUACGCGCUCCUUGAAGCGAGUCAUUGCGACAGUUUGAGGGACCCCAGGGAGCCUUACGCACAGUACGCAGAUCUGCACGAACCCCGCGAGGACAGAGUCGCAGACAGAGACGAGAGUGAAGACAGGAAGAUGGAGAACAGCUUUGACAUGAGGUCCUACUUGCACUACUCCACUCCCAGCGGCAGCAUGGGAAACAUCUCCACCGCGUCUUCGACCUGCUCCAGCCCGCCGGGCACUCCCGCGCCCUCAGCUAAGAGCAGAUCACCGUCCCACGGGGGCAAGAUGUCCAACGGCAAGUCCAAGAAGCGCCUGGACAAGGACAGCGACGAGUACAGACUGAGACGCGAGAGGAACAACUUGGCAGUGAGAAAAAGCAGAGACAAAGCCAAAAUGCGUAACUUGGAGACGCAACAUAAAGUGCUGGAACUGGCUGCGGAGAAUGACCGUUUACAGAAGCGCGUGGAGCAGCUGUCCCGAGAGCUGGCCACGCUCAGAAACUUGUUAUCUGCUACGGGACAGUGUUAGGUACCUCCAUAGGCUCCAAUGGACUCAUAUUACAGACUUAAAUUAUUGUUCAACGAGCCACAUUUGAGCGGUACGAUCAGAGUUUACAAGGACACUUUGAAUGAGGCAGAACAAGUGGGUGCAUGAUUGCGCAAUCGCUCAUGUUUCUCCCAUGUCACCUCGCUUCAGUCUCGGUGUGAUUUUGUGUACAUGCAGUAUUUGUGCGCAGGUUUUACAUGCGAGUGUGCAUUUCUACGUUUUCUGGUGAAUGUGGAGCAGUGGUUGUCAUGGCAAGAGAGUUGUGCUGCAGUGAAAUGAUGCAACUCUUUGUAAUAGUAUUGGCAAUGAAUGAAAUACGUCUAAUUAUUUAAAACUGAAAGGCAAAAUGCUUUAAUUGUACUUGAUAUUGAAUUAAACAGAUUUCUACUUUGUUUAAACAA